CAUUUCCGGUUUCAUUAAACUUCAGAGGUCCUUACCUUAUUAUUGUGUAUGUGAAAAACUCCAGAGUAAAUUUAUUAAAACGUUUAAAAGAGUUGUCUUCAGGCAUGUGAGCGGCCAGCUCUGCAGCGGGGUCCUGCUUGGAACAGGAAGAGAAGAUGACCGUUCACAACCUGUACAUAUUCGACCGGAAUGGAAACUGUCUGUUCUAUAACGAGUGGAACCGGAAGAAGCAGGCGGGGAUCUCCAAGGACGAGGAGUUUAAGCUGAUGUAUGGGAUGCUGUUCUCCAUUCGCUCCUUCGUCAGUAAGAUGUCUCCUCUGGACAUGAAGGAAGGCUUCUUGUCCUUUCAGACCAGUAAAUAUCGUCUUCACUACUACGAGACCCCCAGUGGACUAAAGUUUGUCCUGAACACAGACCUGUCUGUGAGCAAUGCCAGAGACACACUGCAGCACAUCUACAGCAACUUGUAUGUGGAGCACAUUGUGAAGAACCCGGUGUGUGUGUUGGGUCACGGCUUGGACAGUGAACUCUUCAGCAGUCGACUGGACGCCUUCAUCAGAGCUCUGCCGUACUACAGCCCCCGAGCCGCCUGACAUGUACACACACACACACACACACACACACACACACACACACACACACACACACACACACACACACACACACACACACGUAAAGUUGAAUUGUUUUUAUUUGCAACAUGAAUCAAACUGUUGUGUUUGUUUGUAUCUUCAUCAUGUGUAACUUCAAAUAAACUGAUUAAACAUU